UUGCCAUACCAGCUCUCAUGCGCCCCGGCCGCGCGGCCCUCGAAGGGCGGCACAUGUCAGGCCGUUACUGUGGAGACCCUGGAGUCCUUGGAGGCCCUGGAGCUCACGGCGGCGGCGGCGAGGGGGCCGCCAGAUUCGCUCCGGAAGACGAAGCUGUGCAAGUUUCACCUCCGCAGCAGGUGCAGCAGGGGUGAACUCUGCAGUUACGCCCACAGCGUCCACGAGCUCAGCCCCCUGCCAGACCUUUACAAGACCCGCCUUUGCUACAGCUACGUGCGCCUGGGGUCCUGCGAGGAUGCGAAGUGCAGGCACGCGCACGGUGUCGCGGAGAGCUGCGUCCUGGCGGCCCGGUGA